GUUUGUGAAUCACUCAUCUAGAAAAGCUUGACACCUAUCAACGCCCACACCUCCAAGCCUCGCACUAUCGCGUCGCUCGUUAAUCCUGCUGCAAUGGAAGUGAACAGCGGAAAACGAAAGCGAGAAGAUGAACCGCUCCCGAGUAUUACUUAUCUCGUUGGAGAUAGGUCUUUUGAUAGACUUUUCAAGGAACAAUCUCUCGAAGAAAUACAAACUGUAGUACGGCGAAAACUGCAGCUACCGUCAAACUCGACGGUAAAGCUAAAGCAGCUGCGUGGCGACAAGGUUAUUGAUUUGGAUGACGAUGAUGAUUUCGAUGCGUUCUCCGCGCGGGCAAGAUUGAUGAAGUUGGUUGAUGUGGCAGUGGAGAUAUCAGCCCCUCCUGCACAGGGGGACACAUCUUCCGACAGCACGGUAGUUGUGUCAAAAUCUUCUGAGACGGUCGUAGCGAAGAAGAAACGUAAAGCCAAUAAUGACCAGCCUCCUAAGGAUGGCAACACGACUGUGGCACCCGAACCAAAGACUAAGAAACGGAAGACAGAUAAACCCCCAGUGACUAAGCAUACGGAGACUGCGCCAACUUCUGCGGAACCUGCGUCAGUCAGUGCUCCAGCAGAAUUGUCACUGAAGCCCUCUGCGAAGUCCGAAGUCUUGAUAAGCACCAAAGCGCCCCUCCCCACUGAUGGAGAACCGCCGAAGAAGAAACCAAAAAAUGCGAAGGCUGGGACGGCCAAGGAUGCUGUAGAGAAGCCACCAAGGAAGACAAAGAAAGCGAAGGAGACCGAAAAGCCCACGGAGACCUCGAGCCUACCAAUAUCAGGUGAUGAUGCAGUCCCGGCUUCUGGUCUCUCAGAACCGCCAAAGAAAUCAUCAGGGACGAAGAAGAUUGCCACAAAAUCGUCGGCUCUUCAGUCUGCUGGAGUUGAGAAAUCUGCGAACGAUGCAGUUGACAGCGCAGCUGGCCCUGAAAAAAAGAAGAAGGGCAAAGUGAAGGGUAAAGAAAUUGAAAGUGAACCAGCUCCCGAGACACCCGCUCCGACAAAAGGCCGCAAGAAAGCUGCGAUCGCGGGAGCUUCAGAAGCUCCAGCUCCGAAAGAAAGUGUGUGGUAUCAUACAUUGAUCCCGCGCUUUCUAAUGUUCUACAGAGAAGACUAAGCAAAGCAAAGCAACAAAAGCCAAGGCUUCUGAUGCAGAUGAUCAAUAGCUGGCCCAAUUGUCAAUCCAAUAAAUAUUCAGGACAUUGUGAAUUCAAUAGCACGUGCCUCGGAGGAGUUGGCUAAACAGAAUAAUACCAAUACUGAGGUGAAUUCGGUUAACACUUCCCAGCCGUCCAUUUCACUGCCCCCCCCUGUAAUUACGACCACGAAAGGUGGUGUGUCAUCUAUUCCGCUUUGCCAUGCUUGCUCUGGUUCCUUUCAUCCCCUGUAUCAAUGCCCAACGGUGUUGGCAGGCCAGGAAGCGAUACAGAAUAGAAUUGAGGAAUUGAG